AUGUGUGCAAGGUGCCGCUCUCGGGUAAAGUUGUCUAGAUACAUAAAUGAAUUGGGACUCUCGGCUUAUGGGUUUUGUCGGGCUUGUGAGAGGUGCCAAAGCCUUGGAGCUGUGUCUCGGAGGGACAUGAUACCACUAAACUCCAUCCAAAUUGUUGAAAUCUUUGACGUCUGGGGUAUCGACUUCAUGGGACGACCCUUCCCGCCAUCUUUUAGGUUUGAGUAUAUUUUUGUAGGGGUGGAUUAUGCCUCUAAAUGGGUCGAGGCUGUGGCCACCAAGACUAAUGAUCACAAGGUUGUGGUCAAAUUCAUCCAGGCCAACAUUUUCAACCGAUUCGGUACCCCAUGGGCCAUCAUUAGUGACCGAGGUAAGCACUUUUGCAACCGAUUUCUCAAGACCUUGCUCCUUAAAUAUUUUGUCACACACAAAGUAGCUACUCCCUACCAUCCUCAAACUACUGGCCAAGUGGAAGUUUCCAACGGGGAGAUCAAGCACAUUAUAGAGAAGACAGUUAGGCCAGACCGCAAGGAUUGGUCCUUGCGCCUCCAUGAUGCACUAUGGGCCAAUCACACAGGUUACAAGACACCAAUCGAAUUGGAGGAACUGCGCAAUGAUGCAUAUGACAAUACCCACAUUUACAAGGAAAAAACAAAGGCAUUUCAUGACCAACAUAUUCUGCCCAAGGCCUUUUUGCCAGAACAAAAGGUAAGGCGUUUCAACUCCAAACUCCAGCUCUUUCCUAGGAAGCUUCGCUCCAAAUGGGAUGGCCCUUUCAUAGUCAUGUCGGUGUCUCCACAUGGCGCCGUUGAAUUACGGGACCCAAAGGAUGGCACUUUGUUCAAAGUCAAUGGCCAAAGAUUGAAGCCCUACAUAAAGGGCAUUGCACAAAAUGGAGAUGUUAUUUCCAUCCACUUGACGGAUCCCAUUUACUUGGACUAG